UGAUCAGACUUUUAUUUUGAAAGUCCUGGCGUCGUCGUGUUGUCGUUAGCGGAAGUCCGCCUGUUAGCUUCAGGAAAUCAGUCUGUAGGAGCAGCUCUCCUUUCUGGGAUCAAACUGCCGCACACACACCGGAGCAGCUACAAACUGCACCCGAUGGGCGCUCGGAUUAUUAUUUUUAAUCUGCGGGUUGUCAAUCGAUAGCACGCCCGUGUGCCGAAGCGCCGGGGUGGGCCGGAACCAGAACCAGGCCCGGACGGACGGACACAACCACCGCUGCGUUUAGUGACACCGGCGGGCUGCUCGGUCUGUGUGUGUAGGGCGCAGUUGGCAUGCUGUCUGUCGCUGGAGGUGUAAUGUGUGUCACCCUGACCGGCGGCAGGUCGUCCGGUGAGUCCCCGGUGCGCGUGGCUCCUCAGCUCGGGUGUGAAGGCUCGAGGCUCGGGCAUGGCACCGCGAGCUAGCUCCGAGGCUAGCUAGCGCCAGAGUUACCGAUCACGGACAGCAACUUUUAUCCGCCAGCAGCUCGAGACAAACAGUGAGUAUGAGUGUGACAUUUGGGUUUGUGUGAACGAAGAGGAGUUAUUCUGCGUCGCCUUGUGUUCAUCGGUUCGCUUGUUGGAUAUUUCAAUGUUUCCGGAGCGAGUAUAGCAGUGUAGCUGAGUCGUUAGCUGCUACGUUAGCCCGCCCCAAUGAAAGAGUACAAAGUGGUCGUGCUGGGCAGCGGCGGCGUCGGCAAGUCCGCGCUGACCGUCCAGUUUGUCACCGGCACCUUCAUCGAGAAAUACGACCCGACCAUCGAGGACUUCUACCGAAAGGAGAUCGAGGUGGACUCGUCGCCCUCCGUGCUGGAGAUCCUGGACACGGCGGGGACGGAGCAGUUCGCCUCCAUGAGAGACCUGUACAUCAAGAACGGACAGGGCUUCAUCCUGGUCUACAGUCUGGUCAACCAGCAGUCUUUCCAGGACAUCAGACCAAUGCGAGACCAAAUAGUGCGAGUGAAGCGCUUCGAAAAGGUGCCGUUGAUCCUGGUCGGGAACAAAGUUGACCUGGAGUCUGAGCGUGAGGUCGCCGGGUCAGAUGGGCGAGCUCUGGCUCAAGAGUGGGGCUGCCCUUUUAUUGAAACUUCUGCCAAGAGCAAGACGAUGGUAGACGAGCUGUUCGCAGAGAUCGUCCGACAGAUGAAUUAUUCCACGCUGCCGGAGAAACAGGAGCAGUGCUGCACAGCCUGUGUGGUACAGUGAGGAAGAGAUCGUUCGCCUGGAUCGCCACAAGGAUUUUGAUGAACCAUUAACCUGACGGACAACCUGACUUUUUGAGCCUACUGACAAAAAAAACAAAACUUUCCAUAGCUGGUAAAGUUUCUGUUCAAGGUGGUUUCUGACUGUGUGUCACAGAGCACCUGACAGGAAAGACGACGGCCCUAUUUUUGAUAUCAUAACUGUUCAAAGACGUUUCUGCUGCAACCUCAACGGCCUUUGCAAUGACCCAGGGUGGAGCCAGACAGACAGACUUGUUAUGAGCAAGAUAGGCCAUCUGUGAAUUUCAGUCUUCUUUUUUUUUCUUCCUCCUUUUAGUCAGAAGUAUCCCUGAAAUAAUAAGCAGGAGUGUUUGUGAGGUUGCAGCUUCUUUUUAAAGCUGCUUUAAUCACUAUUAUAUACUUUAUUAUUACUUGUAUUAUGUCUCAAGUUUGAAAUUUGACAAAGUAUUUCAUAAUAUUGAAACAUUUUGACUUUUAAGCAUGCAGACUUCGACCAGUUUGCUGCCCAGGUAUACUGCUGGUUUUAUUUUGGAAAAUCUUGUCUUAGAUAGUUCAGACUACGGCAUUGUGGUACUGCAGUGUGACUUUUUUUAUCUUAAGGAAACUUAGACAGGAUGUACAACUCUCUGUGGAUUAAACCUGUAACAUUUACAUCAACGGGACGGUCACUUCCUCCACCAGUCCAUUCUGCUGCCCUGUGGUCCAAACGUUCACUGUUUUAUCAUCGCAGUAGCCUGAAGCAGUUUAAACUCAUCUGAAAACAUGCAUGCUCAAAAUUGAAAAUGUUCUACUAAAUCAACUUGAAGUGAUAAGGAAGAGCCAUUUUACUGUUUUUAGCCUGAAUUCUGUCAACGUCUCUACAAGGCAUGAAUCUCGUGGACGCAGGUCUUCCAUUUUCCGUUUUCUUGAGGAGUCUCUGUGGGGGAAUGAUUUUGGAACGACCAAAGGAAGCUCACAGUGCAUAUUCGUCGUUGACCACAUGACGUGUGUUGCUUUAAAUUCUGGAGACGCUGAUUUGUUGUCAUCAAAUAACUCCCGCUGCAAUGUGGUUUGAUAAAACGUUUUGGCACAGUUAAUCAGAUUUAACUUUGUAUUUUUCUUUUUUCUUAUAGUAACCUAUUUAUUAAAAACUAAUGACAUGGGUAGCCGGUUUUAAUCUUUUAAUUUUAUACUAGUUUUUUGCUUUUUGUGACUUUUCAGGAUACAUGGUACAUUGUUCUUUUGGGGUUUUUUUUUUUUUUUUUUUUUCAGAAGCUGAGGUUUUAACAGAGCCUUAAAUGAUUUCUGUUGAACCCUGGUCUCAUGUCUCUUAUUUUCUCUUCUGAAAGAAACAGUUGUCGUCAUUGAGUAAUAAACACACUGGCCUUUC